UUUGUUACAGCGAACACCAGCUGCUCUCCGCGCCGGGCGCCGCUCGCUGCCGCUCCGCCGCUCGGCCCGCUCGGCUGCUCCUCCGGCUCUGCUUCCCUCGCCCGCCCGCGGCCCCUCGCAACUUGGCCGGCCUCCCCUUUGUCCAGCCCGGCCGCCGCCCCCCGCCCGGCGCCGAGCUCCCGCUCCCCGGGCCGGCUGCCCGCGGCCGCUCGGUGCCGGCUGGGCGCGGAGGGGGCGGGGGCCGCGGCUCGCCCCCCGCCGAUGAGCCGCCGCGGAGCGCGGGCGGACGAUGGAACUCCACAUCCUGGAGCACCGGCUGCAAGUUGCCAGCGUCGCCAAGGAGAGUAUCCCGCUGUUCACCUACGGCCUGAUCAAACUUGCCUUCCUGUCCUCCAAGACCAGGUGCAAGUUCUUCAGUCUGACGGAGACGCCGGAGGAUUACACUAUCAUUGUUGAUGAGGAGGGCUUCCUAGAGCUGCCCUCCUCAGAGCACCUGAGUGUGGCAGAUGCCACCUGGCUGGCCCUGAACGUGGUGUCCGGUGGUGGCAGCUUCUCCAGCUCCCAGCCCAUCGGUGUGACCAAGAUCGCCAAGUCAGUCAUCGCCCCACUGGCUGACCAGAACAUCUCAGUGUUCAUGCUCUCCACCUACCAGACGGACUUCAUCCUGGUGCGAGAGCGGGACCUGCCCUUUGUCACGCACACCUUGUCAUCAGAGUUCACCAUCCUGCGGGUCGUCAAUGGUGAGACGGUGGCAGCCGAGAACCUCGGCAUCACCAACGGCUUCGUGAAGCCCAAGAUGGUCCAGAGACCAGUAAUCCACCCGCUGUCCAGCCCGAGCAACAGGUUCUGUGUCACCAGCCUGGACCCUGACACGCUGCCUGCUGUUGCCACACUCCUCAUGGAUGUCAUGUUCUACUCCAACGGAGUGAAGGACCCCAUGGCUGCCGGUGACGACUGUGACCACAUCCGCUUCUUCUCCUUCUCCCUCAUCGAGGGCUACAUCUCCCUGGUGAUGGAUGUGCAGACCCAGCAGAGGUUUCCUAGUAACCUGCUGUUCACCAGCGCAUCCGGAGAGCUCUGGAAGAUGGUGCGGAUUGGAGGACAGCCCCUGGGCUUCGAUGAGUGUGGAAUUGUGGCCCAGAUCUCCGAGCCCUUGGCUGCUGCAGACAUCCCCGCCUACUACAUCAGUACUUUCAAGUUCGACCAUGCACUGGUACCAGAGGAGAACAUCCACGGCGUCAUCGGUGCCCUGAAGGUCAGUCAAGCAGAGAAGCAUUAGAAGGGCCUCUCCUGCGCCUCCCUGUGUGGGCCCAGCCCCCACCCCGAAGAUUGUUCUCGCAGUAUUUCUCCACAGACUGGAAAACCAGCCCCGGAGACCCCAAGGAAAGGUGUCUCUGGGAGACUCCCCCAAUUGCCAAGGCCUCCCCGUGCCCUCCUGCCUUCCUGGGGCCCCACACCCUUCCCCCACCCCUUCCCCCACCCCACCCCAGAGAAUGAUCCCUGAGGUCCAAGGAGCUUGUGAGCUGAUCCACCCUGUCAUGCAGCCUCGCCCACAGCCAGGGGCACAUGCCAGGGGAAGCUGGGUCCUCCCCCGAGACAUUGGUGGACCUCUUACAGUGGCGUCUUGGGGGGCUGGCAGUGCAGGGCUGAGUUUGUGGAGCCCGGGAAGGCCCCUGUGAGGGUGGAGGCUGAAUACUGUGGUUGCUGGUCUCUGUUUCCAUCAACUCAGGGCUGGUUCCCUCAGAGUGGAGGCCAGUGGGCCACCCUUGACUCAUGGUGGCUGCCAAGGCUCAGGCAGGAACAUGGGUGGGAUACCCAAGCUGGGGAGGACCUGAUCCCCCAGCACCUCGCCUGCCAACCACAGGGCCUGUGCCCUGACUCCCAGCAAGACUGCCAAGAGGGGUCCUGUCUAGACCCUCCCCACCACAAGUACUCGGUCCUGGGGUGAGGAGGGAGGUCCUCGCAGAAGACCCACCAGCCUGGAGCACCAGCUUCUGUCCACUCUGCUUUCCCUGGACCCUACACGGGCAGGCGGAGCCUCAGUUUCCCCCAGCGGGGGCAUCCCCAGCAUUCUGGGCCUGGGGUUUGUUAGGUGAUCCCCACCUCCCCAACAGUUGAUUAGACCAGCAUAGGACUCCCCGUCAUCCUCCUCCUGUCCCCUGCCCCCAACUUGCCUGCCUGCCCGCCCGCCCUACAGUCCGGGGCCAUGACAUUCAUGAGUACUUGACCUGGGAGGCAGCUUAACUGAGCCUUAAUAGAGAAAAUCAUACCUUGUUUUAGUUUUUUAUUUAACGUACUUGCGCCCAGGCUGCUGUUGGCAGUAGUUGCUGUUUUCAGGGCAUGGGGCCUGUGUGAGUUCUGUGGAGUUGGAGCUGUCACGGGGCCUGGGCCCUCUCUGCUGAGUGGGAAGCUGGGAGCAGAGGUCUGUUACAAGAUGUGGGAGCCUGUGGCGCCCCGCACAGGCUCCCAGCCAGCCGUGGUUCUGUCUGAGCAUGGGUAGAGGGAGGCCUAAGGGCCCUGGGUAGGAGGACAGCGGGUGGCAGCCUACAGAAAGUGGUCUUGUCCAGGGGGAGCGGGGUGAGCCCUGGUGCCCCUCCAGCUGGGAGCGCUUUCUGAGAAUGCAGGACCAAAAGGGCCCACCAUGGCUCUUCUGCUUGCUGAGGCUGUUUCUUGGGCAGCAGCUGAGUUGUGCCAUCUCCAAGAGGUCAGAGGAAAAGGGACAUUUCUCAUCCUGGUGAAGGGCUUAUGUGAGCCCUGUUCCCUGCUGCUCAAGCUGGGCAGGACCCUCUGAGCCCCAGAAGCCCACCAGAUGGAGAAUCUUCUAGAUCCUUGCAGAUGCUCAGGGGCCACUACACUGAUUAAAAACCCACUUUUUUUUUUUUUAAGUUAAUUCAUUUUGCACAAAACUCCAAAACAACCAAAACUUAUAGAUUGUUUGCUGGUCCCUAAAGGGAGGUGGCCGAGCGGACAGGGCAGGGGUCUAGGCCCUGAGUCCCCUUUCUGUCUUUGGAAGGCCUUGAUUUUUCUUCCCAUCAGUUUCCCCGAUCAUGUCAAUCCUGUGCCCUUCCUUCCUGCCGUGCAAGUGUGUCAGCCCCAAAACCCCGAUUCGUGUGAUCCCAAGACUCCCUAGGACCUAUCUAUUGUACACACAUAUAAAUACCUGUGUUUUAUGUUGAUAGAGGUAUAUACUGUAAAUAGCAUAUAUACUUGAGCAAUAUAUAUGUUAAUAUAUACUGUGUGCGCAGCCCGUGGGCACAGACCCCACUGUGCGUGCCUGUGGGCUGAGGGCCUCUGCCCCGUCGUGUCUGCCAUGCACACAGGCACGUUUUGAGCCACCAUAUAUUUUUAAUUCAAGUAUAUAGGCAAUACGAUUACUGGAGACGCCGAGUGGAUCCCUCAGACCUGACUUGAGAGAAAAUAAAACCAGCAUCCCAAGGGGUCUGCGACCUGGGACAGGUGUCGAGGGUCUCCUGAGGGGUGGUGGUGGUUCCGUUCCUGUUUCCACAGCCAAGGCCCCUCGACACCCUUGUCUUAUUUGGGCAGAUGUUGGUGCCGAGGGAGAUGGAGUCAGCAUUUCUUGCUUUUUACCAGAACGGCCCCUCCCUGGUGUUCUCACGCUGAAGACCUGGGCCAGCUGGAUGGGUCCCACUACCAGCUGUCUGUCCAGGGUCCCCUCUCUUUGGAUGGUGGUUUUUAUGCUGGCGACUUACCUGAUUUUUUGUUUGUUUGUUUGUUUUUUAACCUGCAAGCUUAGAAAUCUCAGGUUCUUUUCCCAGGUCUCUUCCUGGGGACUGGCCCCGUCCAACUGAGAAAAGCACGUAUGACCUUGAUGUUGUGUCUGUGGAGGGGAUGGGGCAAGGGCCCAACUCUGAGCUGAGGUUGUGUUUCCAGCCCCCUUGGUGGGAACUGCCCCUAGGGGCCCCACUUUUUGGCUACAGUGGGCUGCUUAUUUUUCCCAUUCCCACCCUCCUGCUUGUGUGAAGAAGCUUCUCUUGUGUUCUGUGUGUAGCAUAGUCAUGGUUUGGUCUCCACAGCUCUUAGAGGGGGAUAUGAGCAGUUUUCCUAAUGGCCAUCCCCGGCACGUGUCCUUUUCCCAUGCCCCCAGCCAUCUCCUGGUUUGCUGGGUGUGAGGGUCUCUCCAGACCUCACAGUCUCCCUGCCCAACCGUUCGGUGUCCAUACUGUGCCCCAGCCUCAGAGGCAGCCUGAGCAAUGUGUCCAGCUGGCAGCUGGGGUUCUCUUGGCUCUGGCUGAUGGGGCAGGUGGAGGGGAAGAAAGGUGGGCUCUUCACCCCACAGUCUCCAUCAACACAGGCAGGCAGGUGAGCAGGCGGGCAGAGCUGCCACUGGGCUGCAUGAGUGCAUCUUUGCCUCUGUGUGCCUCUCUGGUAAGAAAAGCUUCAUCUAAGCACCACCCUGCCCCCACCACUCACCCAUCCCUGUACCCACAGACUGAUAAGAGCCCAAGGAGGGGGGAUGCAGUGACCACCCUUCCCACCAGUAGUAAAGAUCUGCAUCUUUGGGGCCCAUCCCUUGGCAUGGGCUCCCUGGUUCCCAAGAAACUCCUUUCUCCCUCAGUCCUGCCCCAGCGAAGACAUAGACAUUACCAGUUCUGUACCCCCUUCCUCCAGAGCCCCCUGAGAGGCAAGGUGCUGCCCACACCACUGUCCUCAGCCCAGGACAUGCAUCUGAGCUGGAGACACCUGCAGCCCUGACCCCAGUGGCCUCCCCCCACCAAGAUUCAGGGGGGCCCAGAGCCUCCAAACCACCAGCAUUCUCCUCCUCCCACCUACCCUAGGCAGCAGGACGUGGUGGGGAGUGAAGGAGCCAGGUGACCCGGAGCUGCCCACCAUGGCCACCCCCAUCAGGUAGCAUGGCCGUGGAGACUGGUUUGGUGUCCAGCAGGAGGAAGAUUGGUUUAGUGGGGCUUUUCCCCUCUGAGGCAUCAGAGAAUGCUGCAGCAGUCAGGAGGGACGGGACACCAUUUGUCCAAUGAUCUUCAGAGAUGAUCCCCAGGCUCCCGGCCACAUCUCCCAGGCAGGCCUUUAGGGGUCCAAAAGUCACCCUGGGCCGUCUUUCUGAGCUUGUAGAUCUGGAUGUCAGGACAGUAGGACUCUUCCUAGCCCCAGCUACAAGAGGGGACUUUUGGGGAGCACUCCAGCCCUGCAACUGAGGAAUUUUUGAGGCCACUUCCUGAAUGAAACACGGGGGGUGGGAAGGAGGCUGGGGGACAACACCCUGCAACAUCCGUGCCCUCCAGGAGCAGGGGCCCCGGGAGCGGGGCCAGAAGCACUGGAUGGAGCAGUCAGCUUGAUGAACAGCCUGGGUGUGAGGAUGAGGUCAGUCUCCAAUAGUGAAAGGACACCAGCUAGAGACUGUGCUCAUGGCGAGUAGGCCUGGAGGGUCACAGCCACCAUGGCUGAUGGGUCAGUGCCACAGAGCUGCACGGGGCAGGUGUGGCCAAGUUGUCCUGGGGGCAGUUGAGCCUGCUGUGGCUGGAUAACUUUCCCUUCAUCUUGGAGCUCAUCCCAGCUUGCUUGCUUUCAUUUGCAAAUUAGAAGCAGCAAAAGGACAAGCCCAAUUGUCCCUGUGCCCCUUUCCACAGACUGUGGGAGGAGGAGGGGGGGUGGGCUGUGGCCCCAGCUUUGAUCUGCAGGCCCUCCUGUGAAGGCCGCUCUCCUUGGGAAGGUAAAGGUGGGAGCUGUUGGCUGGAGCAGUGGUGGGCUGAGGUUGUCCUUGGGCUGAUGGCACAGGAGUGGCCUGGAGUAGAGGCAGUGGCCUAGGCCACAGCAUGUGUGGCAGCCUGGUGGUGAGGAGUUUGUGGCUCUUGGUAGAAGGGGAGGGGAGGCUGUGAGAGUCAGAAGUGCUGGGCAGCCCCCUGCCCUGGGAGUCAGUACGCUGUUCUGUGCGUGUUUCUACAUACACAUGUAUGUGUGAGUGUGUGUGUGCACGCACAUGUGCAGAGCCCCGAUCCGAGCAAAGGGACUGGCUUAUUCAGUAUUUCGAGUCUUCAGUAGUGCAUGUUCAGGGGUGAUUGGGUGGUGGGUAGCGUACUUGAAUGCAAGCCCCAGCUCCAGGUUAGGAUCAGGUUGCCCUGGUAAGACAGCCUCUCCCCACUCAACUUGUUAAAACAACUCUGUGACACACAGAGGUGUCCCCAGCAGGGGUUCUGCACCUCAAAGGCCUGACAGCGCACACAGCCAGUCUGAAGGGGCUAGACCUGCCAUGUGGACUCCUCAAAAGCAUCCAGUCCUGAAGGCAGUAUUCACAGAGCAAGGUGGUGAGGGCUGGUGCCACUCACCCACUGAGGCUCAUCCUGGAAGAGCAUCCAGCAAAGUUGGGAGAACCUCAGAGGGAAUGAAAAGCAGGCCCAAUUCAAGUCCCAAGAUAGGCCAAGCCCAGUAUGUUUUCCUUUCCACUGCCUCAGUUUACCUAUGUUCAGAAAACGGUCCAGAAGGAGUUGAGCAGGGUUGGCUCCAAACCAGUAGGGGGCUACCAACGAAAGAAUUCCAAGCCCUUCUCUUGCGCUAUGCCAAACUCAUUUCCGUUAUCCUGAGACGGGGUGCGUGGAGGUGGGUGCACGUGGGUUCUGCAGGGCCUCUGCCCUGCUCAGAGCCUCAUCUUGGGGAAGGGCAGGGGCCUUGUGCCCACGGCCUGCUCUGGCUCCCACCUGUCAUGCCGUGUCUGGGUCACCAGCAGUAGCAGUGGCACGUCAUCAGUCCCAAGGUCUGGGUGAAGGGGAGAACUGGCAGCCCUACACCACCCCAGGGCCCUCACGCUUAUUUACUUUGUUGAAGAAACACAAAACUCUCGAGAUUCAUGUACUGUAUGAUGGAGAGAAAAAAGUACCUAAUGUCCCCCCCAAAAAGACAGUAUAUUUUGUACUUUGUAAAGUGUUAAUUAAAAUGAAGAAAAAACACAA